GUUCGAGCAAGUCCGCGGUGUUGGUUGGGAAUUCGGGCGCUCUGGUGCUUCCGGUAAUACGGGAAGGAAUUUGAAGGAGCGCGCGAGAUUGGGUGCGUGUUUGUGUUGUUCCGUGCACAAUAGAUCGUUCGGAGUGUGGGUUAUGUGUUGCGAACCUGCGGUGUAGCAAAGUCCCGAUGUGUUCAGCUGGUUCAGCGGUUCGGAAACGUGGAAGGAUCUAGUUACUUCCUCCCCAGCAAAUGCCACUACAAGUAUUACGACAGGUCUAAACACUGUGACACAAGUUUAAAACAAAAGAAAGCUCGUGCGGAGAAGAAGAGCGUUGAAGUGCACACAAUACGCAAGGUUUGGUGAGGUCAACGGGUUCAACCACCGACAGUGAACAGGAGAACAUGCAAAGGAUUAGCGACAGUCACGCAGGAAGAGCGGUUGAGCGAUUGAACGUCGUCCAGGUCUCGGUUUGAUGCCGCGACGAAACCGCUGAAGCAAGAGUGUGUUUUUUGUGUGUUGAAAAGAAAAAGCCAGUGAAUAGUACAAAUUUUAGAUUUUUUUGUUCUUAGUAAUUUAUAUUGUUUCGACGGAACGUCGUGAAGAAGAAUCAUCCAGGAACAACCCCGAUACAAGUGUGAUAUACAAAGAGAGAAAACAAAAGGCUCGGAUAAACGUGAAAAGCAAUCAACAGUACACCACCAACAGACAACAACUAGUAUUGGAUACUCAACACAGCUAAAAAUCAUCAUAAAUGGAAUUAGCACGUAAAAGAUACAAAAGUAGCCGGGGUCCGGUGCUAAGGUCAAGCGAACGUCGCCGUCCACAGAGUAUAUCGUCAUCCACCUCCACACUGCUGCCCCGCGUGGUGCUAAAUCGUAUCGAUCCCCGGGAGUUUGAGCGUAUCCGCGUGUCGUACAAGGUUGCCAUCCGGAGCACGCGCAGCAGUCGGUCCAGCAGUAGUGUUCACCCUGGUAUGAACAUGGGCCAAAAGAUCAGCGGAGGUGUCAAAACGGUCAGCAGCCGCGACCAACCAUCGCCAUUCAUUCCGAAGAUCCCCCGGGAACUGGCCGCACACUUCCAGCGGCCGCCACGUCUCGAUCUCCUGCUCGACAUGCCGCCGGUGGCGCGGGAAACACAGGUCAAGUACUCGUGGAACUCGGAGGACCGCUCGCUGAACGUGUUCGUGAAGGAGGACGACAAGAUGACAUUCCACCGGCAUCCGGUGGCGCAGAGCACAGACUGUAUACGGGGCAAGGUCGGCUUCACGAAGGGCCUCCACGUGUGGGAGGUGUUCUGGUCGACGCGGCAACGCGGAACGCAUGCUGUGAUCGGGGUGGCCACAUCCGAGGCCCCCCUGCACUCCGUAGGUUAUCAAAGUCUGGUCGGCUCCAACGACCAGAGCUGGGGCUGGGACCUCGGGCGCAAUAUGCUGUACCACAACUCGAAAACCUGCCCCGGCGUCACGUACCCCGCGAUACUUAAGCCCGACGAGACCUUCCUAGUGCCGGACAAAUUCCUAGUAGCGUUAGACAUGGACGAGGGCACGCUCAGCUUCAUCGUCGACGGCCAGUAUCUGGGGGUGGCCUUCCGGGGGCUCAAGGGCCGGAAGCUGUACCCGAUCGUGUCCGCCGUCUGGGGGCACUGCGAGAUCACAAUGAAGUACAUCGGUGGCCUCGAUCCCGAACCGCUGCCACUGAUGGACCUGUGCCGGCGCGUCAUCCGCCAGAAGAUCGGCCGAACGCACCUGGAGGAGCGCAUCGAGCAGCUGCAGCUGCCACAGUCGAUGAAAACCUACCUGCUGUACCGGGACCGGAGAUAAUAGACAACGACGUCGCCGGUGUUCCCCGCCUGUAUCCCGCACCCCGCCCCCGCCCCGCCCUCCAAAAGCCGACUAUUAAUUAUUUAAUAAUAAUUAUUAUCGCCUAUUAUUACGCUAUUAUACUUUUGGAUUAGAUAUUAAUUUCUCCUCUGCUCGGAUUAAUUGCAAAGUGUAGGGAAAAGGAGGAGGACGAGCAGGAUUAGGAUCGCUCGAUCUGUAGGGUUUACGUGACUUUGUUUUUGUGUCUCGACGUGCAAACUAUUGUGUUGUUUUUAGGACCGUGCGCUAUCCGGAGUUUUCGGAUAGCGGUAAAAUUAGAGUUUUUUUUUUAUUCAAGCAUCUGACACACACACACAAAUGUAUGCGUGCGAAUAAGGAUAGUUUUUCCCUCAAUCUCACCAACUCUUUUUUUUAAUAUACAGACUCUGCGAUAAGUAAACCUUAAGGAAAAAAAUAGUAAUAUUAGAGACGAAUGCAAAAAAAGAGAAUGGCAAAAUAAAGAUGCAAAAUAACAGAAAAAUAAGUAUAUAUAUUGGAGAAAAAGUAUAUGGAAAAAAAAUCACAAAAAAUAUUUUCACUUUUAAACAAGCUGUGUAAAAACGGAAGUAAGAGUAAAGCAACAUUAAAAAACACGUGUAAGAUAGACGAAUCCAAGAAUCAAAAAGCGGCUCGCGGCAGCAGACGGUUUUUUGAUUUUAGCAAUUGUAAAAAAUAAGAGAGGAAAAUGGCUGACAUCCCGCCCCGUUCCCCGCCACAGUUCCCGAUUCCCCCGCCCACUCCCACAUCACCACGAACAAAUCAGCAACCGCCUAAUCUCCGGAAGUUCUGUUUUGAGUGUAAUGAGAAAGGAAAAAGCUUUUUAGCUGUAAUAUACAAACAAAAACAAACAAACAAAUGUUCACGUCGGGAGAGAAGCCCCCCACGACUAACAAUAAUGAAAGCGAAAUAACAUACAAACAAGUACGAAAAAACAAAUAGCUGCUGGUUUUUCUGUUUUUUGCAUUUAUCAUCCGAAGCAAACCUAACCUAAAAAUGGGAGAAAAUGACUGCGUGACAUCCGUUUGAGAAGGAGAUAUCUGUUCUUCCAGAGCGCAACAGCAGUAAUCAAAGUAGCCAAGGAAGUCAGCGUUCUCGCUCGCACACAAGUACUAUUUAUAAACAAUGCACGCGACUUUGUCGCAGUCACUUUCUUCGGACACGUGCGCGGGAAACUCUCUUCCAAGAUGGUGGCAUUUUUUGGCAACACUUCCCCCUCCUUCACAAACCUCGUUUUUCUUCCUCCCAAACGUCAGACUCUAGAGAGUGAGAGAGGAUGAGAGAGAAACGAGCGGAAAUAUGAUGGAAAUGGAAGCAACAAGGACAAGACAGAACAACACAAGAAAUCCGUGUGAUUUUUUUUAUUAUUAUUUGAAGUGAUUUAAAUUUAGAUUGAGUAAAACUGCAAACUUUAAUGCAAACCUAGCGAGAAAAUGGCGAAGAUCAUCGGUUUGAUCGAACAAACAAACAAAAAAAGAAUCAAGAAAUCAAGAACAAGGUGAGAGCGUGAACAAGGAAAUCAUAGUUUUGUAAGCGAGAGAAAGAGAGAGAGCGCGAUAAGUGUGAGAGCUUGAGGAAGUUUGAGUGCGAGAAAUGUGCGAGAGGCUCAGUCAAAUGUGGGACUAUUCUAGCAGUAUAGGAAAAAAAAAAACAAUUAAGUUGAAAUAAAAAAAAUGCAAAAAAGCAAAACCUAACGAAUUAGUAGGAACGAGCAAAUCAAGCAAAUCACAAACAAAUAUUUUGAUUAUUACUAUCGCAAACAGAACGAAAUCCAAAAUUGAGCAAUACGAGCCUUACAAGACGAUCUCUCUCGUUUUCGGAAGAGUCCGAAAGCUGCGUCAAGCAUGUCGCAAGAAAAGGCCAGCACGAAACACAUCUCACACAUACACGCAUAAAUGAGAAUAAUUUGAAUGAAAUUUUCGCCUCCGAUUUCUGAAAAAACUUCCGUUUUUAAGUGCACGAUUUUAGCUAAAACUCUGCCAGAAUCAGCGCGCGAUCCUUGCGGGGUUUGUUCCAGCGCUCAACGACUGUUUUAACUUAUUGUUAACAAUUCUUGUUGCCAUAAGGAAAGGUUAAUAAACUCACACAUCACUAUUGAAACACUAAAAAUACAGCCAAACAGAUAAAAAUUGGGUGCGCGCUGAAACAAGUCUCGCGAGGAUCGCGAACAGCAAUUUUACGCUUUCCACGGAAAGCCAGCGACAAAAUUGUGAAGUGAUUUGUCUUAACUUUUAGGUUUCUUUGUAUAAAAAUCCCCCGACUUUUGUUUAUUUCCCCCUCUCCCCCUUUAUUCUUUGUUCAAUUUAUUUUCAUUUUUGAUUAUAUAGUAUAAAAUGCUUAAAAACAAGAGAAAUAGUCAAAAUAUAGAUAAAUGAUUUUUAUAUGAACGUUUUAUGAGUUUUAUUGUUUUCCAAAUCCCUAACCUCAAAUUUGAGAAAUAUCUUAAUUUUCACCCCAAAGAUCGUCACGUGAAAAGUCCCAAA